AGGAAGGCUACAAGGAGCCCGUAAUGUUGGAUUACACAGAAAUCACCAUAGUCACAGUCUUCACUGGUGUGCUGCUGGUUUUCAAUGUGGUCGGCUCAGUGUAUGUCUUCAGAGGAAAUUGGAACAAAGACACAACUGAAAGUAGCACCGAUACCGGCAGAAAACAAAAGCAGAACAGAGAAGAAAGGAAGGAGAGAGAGACGGAGGAAAACAACGUGGCUAUAACAGAUUCCUCUUUCUAUGCUAGUCUAGAGGCUCGGCCCGGGUCCAUUUACGAUGUGCUGGACCACUCAGCUGCCAAUACAGAGACAGACCAAAGAAAACCUAAACCCAAGAAAAAGGAACAACAAAAAACGAUGACGCAAACCACAAAACCCCAGAAUGAAGACAUGUUUGAGUCUGUCUAUGAGAAUUUCUGAAUCCUAAAACAACUUUUCUCAACAGAUUAUGAUAUUUAUAUCAGUAGCUGAGAUGAUUUCAGUUUGCUUUGCUGUGUCAUUGUCACCUGUUACCAGUAAAAUAAUUAUUCAGAUUCAGAUUCAGAUUCAGAUUUUCAGAUUCAUACUUUAUUGUCCUCAGUGGAAGAAAUUUGUUUUCACAGUCUGUACAAAGAGCACCUUCGACAUGAAUUCUACACAC